GUGGGAGGUAUAAAAAGGAGGAGGAAGUGCGAAGGAGGGAAGAGUACUGGAAACUGAGCGUACUCUCCCCAUCGAUCGGAUCCACGCAAUACCUGAUCACACCAAAGCCACCUGCCCACUACACCAAGACACUAUCUAAGAUGCCCUUCAAAGACAUCCUUGCAGCCCAGGCGAGUACGUUAACUCAGCCGCAGAUGAAAUACACACGCCUCGGACGCUCCGGCCUCAAAAUCUCCGCCAUCGUCCUCGGCACCAUGGGCUUCGGCAGUCCUACGUCCUCCAUCGGGCCCUGGGUCCUGGACGCUGCUGCCUCGCUUCCCUUGCUCAAAUACGCUUUCGACAAGGGGAUCAACACGUGGGACACUGCGGACUUCUACUCGCAGGGCAAAAGCGAGGAGGUCAUCGGGGAGGCGAUUAGGACGUAUGGGAUCCCGAGGGAGAAGCUCGUGCUGCUGUCUAAAGUUUUCUUCGGCGUGGACGAGGGCGAAGUAGUGGGGGAAGAUGGCGCUCUCGAUUUGGGAAAAGCGAUGGUCAACGAUGGGGUUAUGGUGAAUCGUGUGGGGUUGAGCAGGAAACACAUCCUUGAUGCGGUCGAUAGGAGUGUGGAGAGACUCGGGACGUAUAUCGAUGUGCUGCAGAUCCAUCGGUUUGAUGAGGAUGUGCCCCCCGAGGAGAUUAUGAAGGCUUUGAACGAUGUUGUUGAGAGCGGCAAGGUACGGUAUAUCGGCGCGAGUAGUAUGAGUGCGUGGCAGUUCCAGAUGCUGAACAACGUUGCUGAAAAGCACGGCUGGCACACGUUCAUUUCGAUGCAAAACUACCACAACCUCCUCUACCGCGAGGAGGAGCGUGAAAUGCACCCCUACUGCGCGCACGCCGGCAUCGGGCUGAUCCCCUGGUCGCCCCUCGCGCAGGGCAAGCUCGCGCGCCCCUGGUCCACCUCCUCCUUCCGCAACGACAGCAAUGCCUUUAGUGCCAUGUUCGCGUCUACCUCCGCGGACAAAGCUAUUGUCGAUAAGGUCGAGGAGGUGGCGGGGAGGCUGGGUGUCAGCAUGGCGCAGGUGGCCACCGCGUGGAGUCUUAGCAAGGGUGUGAAUCCGAUUUUGGGACUGCAGAGCGAGAAGCGGAUUGAUGAGGCGGUCGGGGCGGUCGGGCUCGUGCUGCAGGAUGAGGAUGUGAAGGCGUUGGAGGGGGCGUAUGUCGCUAAGGGGGUGGCGCCGUUGUGGUAGGUAUUUCACUGCGGACUCGAGACUCGCUUGAUGUCUAUUUGACUGCUUCCUGCUAGUUGUUCCAUUUCAUUGGAUAGGGCG